AUGGCUGCCCUGGCGCUAGCCGCCCGCUACGGCUCCCUCGACGAUGCGGCGCUCACGGAGCGCUGGGCCGACGACGGCGAGACGCUCGACGUGUCGCGGGCGCUGCACCGCUGCAGCGGCGCCGCGCGGAACGCCCUCUGGGCGUCGCCGUCCCUCGCACGCAUCAAGGUCGUGCGCGCCGCGGGCGCCGGGCUCGACGACGGCGACGCGGCGCGGCUCUGCGCCGCGCUGAUGGACAACGCGGCGCUCGAGACGCUGGACCUGCGCGGGAACCGCAUCGGCGACGCCGGCGGCGACGCGGUCGCGCGGCUCCUCGCGCGGUCGCCGUGCCGCCUCGACACCCUAAUCCUGAGCUGGAACCGGCUGACGGCCAAGUCGGCGGGCCACGUCGCGCGCGUCGUCGCGGACCGGCCCGCGAGCUGCCGCGCCCUGCGGCGCCUCGGGCUCGCGGGCUGCGGCGUCGACGACGGCGUCCUCGGCGCGCUCGCGACGCGCGUCGACGGUCUAGAAGCCCUGGACGUGCGCGGCGGCGACGUCUCCGACGAGGGCGCCAAGUACCUCGCCCGCGCCGUCGUCGCCGCGGGCCCGCGGUGCGCGCUCGUCGACGUCGCGGUCGACGGCGACCGGUGCUCCGGCUGUUCCGCGGCGCGCGCCGCGGGCGCGCUCGCCGACGCGGCCGCGCGGUCCAAGCACCGCCUCGACGUGCGCCUCCGCUUCGGCGGCGCGCGGAGCCGCCACAGCGCCCUGCGGGCCCUCGCGCCGCUGGGCCGCCGCGCGACGGGGCGCCGCGUGACGCUGCGGCGGAGCGCGUUCGCGAGCCGCCGCGGUACGGUCGUCGCCGGGUCCGCGACGAUCGCCGCCAUCGAGGAGCGCAUCCUCGAGUCGCGCGUCGCCGCCUACCGCGCCGGGAGCGACGGCACGCUCGAGCUCGACCUCGACGACGCGCAGGCGCGGACGCUGCUCGCGGCGGCCGCGCGCGGCGACGCCUGCGCGGCGCUCGGCGUCGAGCGCGUGGAGCGGGGGAGCGCCCGCGUCGACGUCGCGCCCCUCACGGCCCCCGGCGCCGUCUUCGGCGCCGCGCCGGCGCCGGACGUCGCCGUCGACGACGAAACGAGCUCGGACGACGACGGCGACGACGACGCCGCGACGGCCGCGUCGUCCAAGCGCCCGGCGCUGCCGUCGUGGCUCGCGCGCGACCGGGCCAUGCUCUACUACGACGCCGUCGCGCGCUGCGCCGGGUCCGACGUCGAGGCGGCGGCUCUAGCGUGGCGCGCGGACUGCCUCCGAGCGAUCGAGACGCGGCGGUCGGACGAGUGCGAGCGCUGCCUCCGGAGCUACCAGCGGGCCAUGGGCCGCAGCGUCGGCGGCGGCGCCCUCGACGCCCAGGUGCGCGACGCCGCGCGCGACGUCGCCGCGGCCGCGCGCGGCGCUUUAAAGGCGGCCAAGGACGCGGCCGCGGGCGACGACGACCUCUUCUCGCUCAAGGCGGGCGCGCUGCGCGCGAGCGAGGCCCACGUCUUCGCCGAGGGCGCCGACGCGCUCGAGGCGAGGCUCGUCGGGACGCUGGGCCAGCGCGCGGGCGUCGCGCAGCGCGACGCGUGGCGCGAGCACGCCGCGGCGGAGCUCCGGCGCGCGCUCCGAAACCUCCGCGCCGACGGCGACGGCGCAUCCGUGGCGGCGACGGUGGCCUACUGCGGGCGCCUCGCGGCCGCGGGCGCCCACAAUGACCGGAGCUCGCUCCCCGCGACGCUCGCCGUCGCGCGGGACGCCGCGGACGCGUCGAAGCGGGGGUGGGCGGCCGCCGAGGCCGCGGCCGACGCGACGGCCCUGGACGCCGCGUGGCUCGUCUUCGCCCGGGCGGGCCUGCCGCCGCCCGCGGCCCUCGCCGACGCGCGGGCGGCGGAGGUCGCGCGCCUCGCGGGGCUCUGCGGCCGCGUCCGCGACGCGUGCCGCGUCGCGGCCGGCGACGACGCGCCCGAGCCCAAGGACGCGGACCUCCGCGCCGCGCUCGCGGCCUGCGACGGCCGCGACGCGGCCCUGCCGCGCUUCGCGCGGGCGCGCAAGGCCCUCGACGCCUACGACGUGCUCCGGGCCGCGCGGCUCGCCUACGAGUCCGUCGGCACCUCCGACGCCGCGCGGUGCCGCUGCUUCCUCGUGCUCGCGCGCGUCGCCGCGGCCGACGGCCGGGCCGUCUCCGAGGUCGACUACGACGCCGCCGACGACGCCCACCGGCCGACGUGGCUCCGGGACGUGCGGUCGAAGCUCCUCGCGGAGAGUAGCCGGUCGACGGCGCCCGCGGACGGCGCGAUCGCCGCCGCGGUCCGGGGCGACGUCCCCGCCCUCGAGGCCUGGUUCGCGGACGCGCCGCCCCGCGGCGGCGACGGCCUCCGGGACCGGGCCGUCAAGCAGGCGAAGCGCCAGCUCGACGUGUUGCGCGCGCGGCGCGUCGCGAAGCGGCUGGAGCAAGCGCUCAAAGGAUGGCCGGACCUCGCGCUGGACCUCGCGUCGGACGCCGGCGUCGCCGGCGCGCGCGCCGCCGUCCGCGACGCGGCCAAGCGGGCGGCGCUCGAGGCCGCGUGGAAAGACGCGAAGCGGCUGGCGCGGCGGCGGUCGCCGCUCGUCGCGGCGGCCGUGCCCGGCGGUUUGGUCCGGGGCGCCGCGGCGCUCCUGGACGCCGUCGAUGCGGCCGCGGACGCCGUCGACGUGGAGGACGCCCUGCGGAUCUAUGAUUUGGACGCCUGCGGCGAUUGCGUGGCUGUGGUGGACGAGACCCACGCCUUAAACGGCGCGCCGUACGCGGCGCGGGGCGAGGACGCGGUCUGCUGCGACGGCGAGGCGGAGGCGCUGCUCUGGAAGGCCGGCGAGGCCGAGCGGCGCGGCGACGACUUCUCCUACUUUGCGUUUUCCAGUUUGGCCAAGGAGCUGGGGGUCGAAAGCCCCGAGCUGCGCGCGCGCUUCGCCGCGCGGCGGUUCGAGGCCGACGGCGGCGCGGCGGCGCUCCCGGGCGCCGCGGGGCGCCUCGCGCGGCUCUGCGGCGUGCGCGGCGCCGGCGGGCCCCGGGCCUUCUCCCGGGACGGCGCGCCGCUGGUUCUGGACGAGGGCGCGGACGCGCUGGCUCUACGCGAAAAGCACGCGGACGCGAAGAAGCGUCUGGCGGCGUUCGCGGCCGCGGCGGCGUCAAACGACGACGACGGCGGCUUCGACGCGGCGCUGGACGUGUGCGUAUUGGCCGCGGCGUCGCCGCACGUCGCCGACGCCGCGGUGUCGCGGCUCGCGGCGGCCCUCGGGUGCUUUUCGCUCGAAGACGACCUCGCGGACCGCGUGCGGUCGAAGCUGUGGCUGCUGCUCCUGUCGAUUUUACGUCUAUCGCGCGCGCCGAACCCCCGGGCGGCGGCGCUGCUGGCGACGGCCGUCGCCGCGGAGCGCGAGAAGGGCCCCUGCGCGGCCGAGGCGGCCGCGUGCGAGCGCACGGCGCGGGCUCUAACGGACGCGCUCGACGGCGUCACGACGGCGACGGCGCCGCGGUCCGCGUUCCACCAGGUGCUCCUGCGGAAGACGCUCGAGAAAGGACGGGUCACGCUCCGGUGCCGGCGCCACGCGGUCGAGGGCGCGUCCGAGGGCGUGUCCGUCGACGCCGCGGCGUUUUUGAGCGGCGCGCGGCUCACGGAGCGUUUAUUGCCCGGCGGGUCGCGGGUCGAGUUCGGGCUCUUCGUCGCGCCGGACGUGCGGCCGGACGACGUCGACGACAUGGAGCUGUCCUGGCACGUCGCGGAGGAGGGCGACGCGCUGCGGACGGCGCUGCUGUCGCUCGGCGGCGCGAGCUCGCGGGCCUUCGUGCUGCGGCGCGUCGUCCCGCUGCCGGCGUCGGCGCUGCUGUCGCCGCCGGUGCUGGCCGCGCGGGGCGACGAGAACUUCUGGCUCGACUGGGUCGCGCGCGCCGGGGCUCUACCGGACGACGCGCCGUCCGUCGCCGACGCGUUCCGCAGCGAGCGCGAGCGCGUCAAGAGCCAGGCCUACGAGCUGCCGCGGAACUGCCGCGACUACGCGGCCGCGCUGCUGUUCUGCGCCGACCACGCGGACGUUUUCGCGGACGACGGUCUCGACGCGGACGCGUUCCUCGCGCACCACGGCGAGCUGUCGGCCGUCGGGGGCGUGCUGCAGCGCUGCAAGGCGCUCGCGGCGGCGUCCGCGGACCCGGCGCGCACGACGCACGCGCUCUACCGGGCCUUCGCGGCGUUCGCGGCCGGCGCGCCCCUCGCGGGGAGCCACGUCUACAACGUGCUCGCGACGGCGCCGGAGCUCGGCGUGUCGCGGGAGGCCGAGGCGCCCUGCUUCCUGCGGCUGUGCCGCGAGGGGCUAUUUUUGGAGAAGAAGGACGGCCGCUUCCAGAGCGGCCGCUGGCUGUUGCACGCGCCGCUGGAUACGCUCGCGCUGCGGCUCGACGGCGCGGGCCACUGGCGGCUCCGCGCGGACGGCCCGGAGCCGGGCGACGCCGGCGACGCGGCGGCGUGGGACCUGCGCUUCGAGGCGGGGCGCCACGCGGGCGCGAGCGCCGCGCACGUGCUGGCGCGGCUCGCGCGCGACGCGCUGCUCCGCGGCGACGAGCCCCCGGCGCUCGGCGACUUCGACGCGGCGUUCCCGUUCCUCCCGCCGGCGCCGAAGAUGCCCGUCGCCGUGUCGCUCGCGAAGCGGGAGGACGAGGCGAAGGUCGAGGCGAAGGUCGAGGCGAAGCCGCCGCCGCCGCCGGAGAGGGAGAAGGAGGAGCCGGAGGAGGUCGUCGCGAAGGACGACGACGACGACGACGACGAGCCGGAGAUCGCGCCGCUCAAGGAGACGCCCUUCGACAGCGCGGUCGUCGGCGUGCCCCACGCGGCCUCGGGCCUCGGGUUCGACGUGCCCCUCUUCCACGGCCGGCGGCGGCGGCGGCCGGCGAAGCGCCUCGUCUCGUUCGCUUUGACGACGCCGAGGUCCUCGCACUCGCCCGUGCCCCGCCCGCAGCGGCAGGCCGACACGUCCGCGUCCAUGUCCGCGUCGUUGGUGAACGUGCACAUCUCGGCGCUGAAGAACCUGCCGUCGUCCUUCGUCUCGGAGCUCGGCAGCCGCAAUCAGUUCACGCUCCGCGUCCAGGGCCAGCUCAACGGCGUGUCCCGGGAGACGGCGUCGAGCUCGUGGGGCGCGCGGCACACGCCGCGCGCGGGCGAGGCGGUCUGGGCCGGCGACGGCGGCCUCCUGGAGUGGCGCUUCGGGAGCGAGGAGGCGUUCCGCGCGGCGGAGAAGGCGGCGCCCGUGCUCAAGCUCUACUGCUACGCGACGCUCGGCGGGCCCGGCGUCGGGGCGACGCCGACGAACUCCAAGGCGCUCGGCGUGCUCCACGUCGAGGUCCGGUCCCUGCGCCAGGGCGCGAAGCAGUGGGCGAAGCUGCGCGGCGCGGCGGCGCCGGCGGAGCUGCUCUUCGCCGCGUCCGUCGCGCGCGUCGCGUCCGGCGGCGACCGCGACGACCCGCGGCCGUCGGCGGCGGCGCCCGCGCCGUCGACGCCGCCGCGGCCGCCGCCGGAGUCGCUGCCGGCGAAGCAGCUCGGCCGCGGGAGCUCCGUCUUCGAGCUCUGCGUGUCCCUCGAGGGCGCGGGCGAGCUCGAGGACCUCGUGGGCGACGAGCUGCGCGAGGCCGCGCUCCGGCGGCCGUCGAUGCGCUACUGGUUCAGCUUCGAGCUGCUGGGCGUCGUCGUCCAGAGCGAGCAGUUCGGCGCGCUGACGCUCGACAACCCCCGGUUCGCCGUGGAGUGCGACUGGUUCCGGCUCCGGUGCUCCGCGGCGGAGCUCGCGGCGGAGCUCUCGAAGCCCGUCGACGUCUUCCUCUGCACGGACAAUUUGGUCGUCGCGGCCGCGGCCCUGGACCUCGCGCCCAUCCUGCCCCUCGACUACUGGCCGCCGGGGCGGCCCGACGACGAGUUCCACGCGUCGGAGGACCACUUCCGCCUCGACGUGGUGUCGCGGCGGCCCGCGCACCUCCUCGACACGACGCCGCGGCCGGGCCGGCUCGACGUCUUCGCGGCCGUGCGCCGCGCGGGCGCGGACCGCGACCCGGCCAAGGCCGGGCCCCGGGGCUUCGCGACCGCGCCGCCCGCGGGCGCCGAGGAGGCCACGUACGCGCCGGCGCCCUUUGGGCCGCCCCCGGCGGACGACUACGGCGACGACGCGUUCGAGGACGAGCCCGAGGCGCCCGCGCCGCCGCCGGAGGCCGAGGCGCCGCCGCCCGUGGCGCCGCCGCGGUCGCGGACGCCGCCGGCGGCGCGGACGCCGCCGGCGUCGCUCGCGGACUCGCGGGACGACGCGGACGUCGCGCACGACUGGCGGCUGGAGCUGUCGCUGCUGUCCGUGACGCGGUCGGACGGCGACGAGGGCCCCGCGGAGUUCCGCUUCGCGGCGCCCCACCUCGGCCAGCGGGGCGUCGCGAAGACGGCGCGCCUGGAAUUCGACACGACGACCGUGGCCUGCCGGGGCCUGGGCGCGGUGUCGCACUUUGAGUUUCGCGCGACGGCGAACCAGCUCCGCAUGACCUUGGCGCCCGCGCUCGUCUUCGAGGCCGUCGACGCGGCGACGCGCCAGCUCCUCGGGUCCGCCAAGGUCAAGCUCGCCGCCGUGCUCGACGCGCCGGGCGACCCGCGGGCCCAGUUCGGCGACAAGGCGCCGCGGUCGUGGCGCGUCGUGGGCGGCACGACGCACCUCCUCGAGCGCGAGUCGCAGGUCCGCGACGGGUCGCUGCUGUUCGGGUCCCUGGCGACGCGCGUCGCGCUCCAGCGCGUGGACCCGAACCAGCUCGCGAAGCCGAACCUGGACGGCGCGCGCGACGCGUCGUCCGCGGCGCUCCUCUCGGAGGACCUCGAAGACGGCCUGUCGGAGACGGGCGAGCGCGGCGGCAACCUGAGCGGGUCGGAGCACACGUCGCCGGAGCAGCCGCCGCGGGAUGUGGGGGGCGCGCGACCGCAGCGGGACCUCGGCGUCGAGCGCCGGUCCUGGGAGCAGCGGCGCGGCGCGCCGGCGGCCAAGCCGCCGGGCGCCGACGACGGCUGCUGCCGCUACUGCGGCGCGGCGCAGCCGUCGCUCCAGGAGGUCGCGGACCUCAAGCAGGAGCUCACCCUCGCCUUCGAGGCCGAGCGGCGCAACUGGGAGGCCUGGCGCGCGGACGAGGAGCGCGCGUGGGCGCUGCGGUUGCGCGAGAAGGAGCGGCAGAUCGUCGACAAGGUCGAGCGCGACGCGGAGGAGCGGCUCGCGCAGGACCGGAACGCGACCAUGGCGCACCGCCAGGAGUACGGCCGCCUCGAGGCGAAGCUCCGCGCGUCGCUCCGCGACGUCGAGCAGCGGGAACGGGCGCUGGGCGACGCGGACGCCGCCAUGAAGCGCGAGCGCGCGUCCAAGGUGUUGGACCUCCAGAUGCUCGAGAAGCGCCUCCGCGACGAGUCGAAGCACUCCAUCGAGGCCGAGGUGCGCGCGCGCAAGGCCGUGGAGAAGGCGCUGUCGGGCGCGCGCGCGUCGCUCGACCGCGCGGAGAAGCGCGCGGUGCAAGCGGACGCGGACUUCGACCGGUGGCGCGCGGCGCACCGGCGCACGCCCGAGGCCGAGCUCGUGGCGCGCGUCGCCAAGGCCAAGGCGGAGGCCGCCGAGCACAAGGGCCGCGUGGAGCGCGCGCGCGCGGAGACCGCCGAGGCCGUCGCGGAGCGCGAGCGGUUGCGCGCGCACGUGCACCGCCUCGCGCGCGCGCUCCAGCGCGCCAAGGACGACGCCGCGGACCGCGCGCGGCGCGACCUCGACGAGCUCAAGCUCGAGUACAAGGGCAAGGAGGAGCGCUUCGUCCUCGACGGCGACCGCAAAGCGCUCGGCGACAUCAAGGCGGAGCUCGACGCGCUCCGCCGGCGCCACGUCGCCGACGAGGACCGCGCCAAGGUCGCCAAGAACGCGGCCAUGGAGGCGGUCCACUACGCCAUGCGGAACGCGCCCGCGUCGCCGCGCGGCGCGCCGCGGCCGGAGCCGCGGCACCAGUCGCCGCGCGCGGUCUUCGACGACGCGGCGCUCGACGCCAUCAACGGCAACGCGGCCUACGCCGGCGGCGCGGCGAUCCCGCCGCGCGGCGCGCCCGUCGACGACGCCGACAACCUCGCGCGCCUCGUCUCCGAGCGCGCCGUCCUCGUCGACGAGGCCGGCUACCCCGAGAACGACCCCCUCGUCCGCGACCUCGACCGCCUCAUCCAAGCCGCGGCGGCCGAGUAA